CGGCAGCCUCCGUCGGUGACCUUGUCGUGACGCAGGGCCUUUUCCUCGCUCCAACAUUUAAAUUCUCUGAAUUUCGAUUGAUCAAUACGGAGUACGAAGCACGAAGAUCGAUUUAGCAUUCUAGUUCAUGAUGUUGAAUCCGACAAGGGAUGAUAGUCUAUAAUAGGUUUGCUCUGAAUCUGGAUUGACCCAGAGAAAAAAAAGUGAAGCUUUGUAUGAUUUGUUGUGGAUUUAUGUGGAAAUCCGGAGGUGAAGAUUUGCAAGGUUUCUAUCCAGUUAGAGAAGAAUGUGUAGCAGAUGUUCCCAGGACUCGAUUUAAAUCAAGGGCUGGUAAAACUCUUAGUGCUAGAAAAUGGCACGCUGCGUUUACUGGAGAUGGACAUUUGGAUAUGGAAAGAGUUCUUCGCCGUAUACAGCGAGGGGGAAUUCAUCCCUCAAUCAAAGGAGAGGUUUGGGAGUUUUUGUUAGGAGCUUACGAUCCAGACAGCACUUUUGAAGAACGGAACAAGUUGAGGAAUCACAGAAGGGAGCAGUAUUAUGCUUGGAAAGAAGAAUGUAAGAAUAUGGUUCCUCUUGUUGGUAGCGGAAAGUUUGUCACGAUGGCAGUUGUUGCGGAAGAUGGGCAGCCAUUAGAAGAAUCCUCAGUAGACAAUCAAGAAUGGGUUGUGAAAACCGCUAUAACAGACAAGCGUGUGCUCCAGUGGAUGCUUGUGUUGAGUCAAAUCGGUCUCGAUGUUGUUAGAACGGAUCGGUAUCUCUGCUUUUAUGAGAGUGAAAGUAAUCAAGCAAGACUAUGGGAUAUUCUUUCCAUCUAUACAUGGUUAAAUCCUGAUAUUGGCUAUGUUCAGGGAAUGAACGACAUAUGUUCCCCCAUGAUAAUCCUACUUGAAGAUGAAGCCGACGCUUUCUGGUGCUUUGAGCGUGCAAUGCGAAGACUAAGAGAAAAUUUCAGGACAACAGCAACAUCAAUGGGCGUCCAGACUCAGCUGGGUAUGCUCUCACAGGUCAUUAAAACCGUUGAUCCUCGGCUCCAUCAACAUCUUGAGGAUCUCGACGGUGGAGAGUAUCUGUUUGCUAUACGAAUGUUGAUGGUAUUGUUCAGAAGAGAGUUUUCCUUCCUUGAUGCUUUGUACCUUUGGGAGGUAACAAGAUUCUGUUUAUGUUUCUACUUUGGUUACAAUAACUGUCCGCAUUUCUUGAUGUCAUAAGCUGAUGAUGGGGAUGUGAAUUUGAUUUUCAUUCACCUGAGAGAACCCAAUUCAUGUUCUUUUAGGGUUUAGAGUGUUGUCUUGAUUUGAGCUGAUAAUAAGACUGUGAGAUAGAAUUUUGUUUCAGCUGAUGUGGGCUAUGGAAUACAAUCCAAACAAGUUUGCAUCAUACGAAGAACCACAGAACAUGAACAACUCCUCAGGACAGGAUCCGAGGUUACUUAAGCAGUAUGGAAAAUUUGAGAGAAAAUAUAUAAAGAGUGGCCAGAACGAGCAACACAACACGCUUGCUGUUUUUGUUGUGGCUAGUGUUCUUGAAACAAAGAACAAACGUCUCUUGAAGGAAGCUAAAGGCCUAGAUGACGUUGUUCAGAUAUUGGGAGGUAUUGCAGGUAAUUUGGACGCGAGAAAAGCGUGUAAAGAAGCGUUGAAGAUUCAUGAAAAAUUCCUGAAAAAGGCUAAUAGUAAGCAUUAAGGAAUGACAUUGCCUGACCUUUAACUAUCCGAUUUUGUUAGACCGAUGUCUAUAUCGAUCUUCGCAUGAAAUUGGGUCGACAGCCGAGGUCGAUAGUUCUAAUAAAGAUUGGGGGAGGUAUCGAUGAGAAUGCUCUGAUUAUUUUGUUCUUUCAUUUCUGUAAUCUUUCUGUUCCUAUGUAUUUGAGUUUCACUGUUGUAUCUUAUAAAUUCGUUUGUUGAUAAUGUGUGCAAAGAAUUUAUACCUGCGUGCCGUUUCUCGAAAUUCAUGAUGUUUUCAUAAGCCCCAUCUCAAACUACUCUAUU